AUGCGAAUCAAGCAGAAGACAUUACCAGAACUACUACCCAUGUUGUCAAUACGAGGCCUUGCGCGCACUCCAACAAGCUUUAAGCGUUUUUUUGCAUCUACACCAGAAGAGACGUUUAUAUAUGGUAAACUUCGUGAUGCUCUUCAGCCAUCCGCAUUGAAAGUUACUGAUAUUAGCGGCGGGUGUGGUUCUAUGUUCGCCAUUGAUGUUACUAGCAGUCGUUUCAAAGGGCUUACAACUGUUAAGCAGCAUAGGCUAGUGAACGAGGUGCUUAAAGAAGAUAUAAAGAAGUGGCAUGGCCUGCAGCUGAAUACCAAAGCUGAAUAA